AUGACUUCCUCGAAUAAUACGGCAGAUGUGGAGAAGGAUGCUGUGGAUGCGGAUUAUGCUCAUUUGACGAAUGAGGAGCUUCAUCACUUUAGCUGGGACGGCGUGACGGUCACUGUGAAGGAUCGGGGUACAAAGCAGCCUCUCGAUCUUCUCUCCAAUGUCAAUGGCUUCGUCGAAGCCGGUGAGAUGAUCGCCUUGAUGGGCCCCAGUGGAUCAGGAAAAACCACGCUCUUGAACGUUCUGGCACAUCGCGCUGCAACAGCCAAUUCGACGGGACAGCAAAACCUGCUGGUCAAUGGGGCACCGACUAACCUUACUACCUUUCGAAAGCUGAGCUCGUAUGUUGAACAAGAGGAUGCUUUGGUUGGAAGUCUUACCGUAAGGGAGACGAUGUACUUUGCAGCCAAGCUUGCGCUACCGAGCUCAGUGACGAAGAACGAACGCAAGGCACGAAUUGACGGUCUGCUCUCUGCCUUUGGACUCCAGAACCAAGCCAAUACCCUUAUUGGUACACCAAUUCGCAAAGGCCUCUCUGGUGGCCAGAAGAGGAGAGUCAGCGUGGCUAGUCAAUUGAUAACUAGUCCCAAGAUACUGUUUCUGGAUGAACCGACGAGCGGUUUGGACUCGGCAGCGAGUUUCGAGGUUAUGAGCUUCGUAAGGGAUGUCGCAAAGAAGCACAAGAUUUUGGUCAUUGCUUCCAUUCAUCAGCCAUCCACUACUACAUUCGAACUAUUUGACAAGCUCAUGCUGCUUUCGCGUGGCAAGGUCGUGUACAAUGGACCUGUGACUGCUAUCAACGACUACUUUUCCCAACUGGGCUACGAGAUGCCACUUUAUACGAAUCCCGCCGAACAUGUAAUCCAGCUCGUGAAUACCGACUUUUCGCACGACCAAGGGAAGUCGGCAGACCGUCUUACCCACCUCCACACCUCAUGGGCCAACUCCAGCACCGCCGCCUCCAUUGCUUCUCGCAUCCACGAGACAUCUUCAGCAAGCUCAGCCUUGCCCUCACAUGCUACAGCCACAACGUCACCAAAGACAGCCAACCCCCUUUUCGUCCCACUAACACUCAUCCACCGCUCCUUCAUCAAGAGUUACCGCGACAUCGUCGCCUACGGCAUCCGCAUCGCAAUGUACAUUGGGCUUGCCAUCCUAAUGGGCACCGUCUGGCUACGCCUUGACCCCGUCCAAGCCAACAUCCAAUCCUUCACCAAUGCGAUAUUCUUCGGCGGAGCAUUCAUGUCCUUCAUGGCCGUUGCCUACAUCCCCGCCUUCCUCGAGGAUCUCAGCAUCUACACCAAAGAACGAGCGAAUGGCCUGUACGGCCCCACGGCCUUUAUGAUUGCAAACUUCAUCAUCGGCAUACCCUACCUCUUCCUCAUCACCAUUCUCUUCUCCGUUAUUUCCUACUGGCUUGGCAACUUUCGCCCCACCGCAGACGGCUUCUGGAUGUGGGUGCUCUGGCUCUUCCUCGAUCUCCUGGCCGCCGAGUCGCUCGUCGUUCUCCUCUCCUCGCUGAUCCCCAUCUUCGUUGUUGCGCUGGCUGCGACGGCGUUUGCGAAUGGGCUGUGGAUGUGUGUGAAUGGGUUCAUGGUGCAGCCCGAGACGCUGAAUGUCUUCUGGCGAUAUGUGUUUCACUAUAUUGAUUACCAGGCCUACGUCUUCCGUGGCAUGAUGGUGAAUGAGUUUGGCAAGCGGAAUUAUUCGUGCGAGAUGCUGGAGGGGGGAGGGUGUCAGUGCAUGUAUCCCAGCGCUCUGCAGGAUCAGUGUAUGGUGGAGGGCAAGGCGGUGUUGGGGAUGUAUGGGUAUAAUACUGCGAAUGUGGGCAGGUAUGUUGGGUAUAUGCUGGUGAUUGUGUUUGUGUAUCGGGUGUUGGGCUGGGUGGUGCUGAUGUUGAGGAAGCAUUAA